AUGGACUACGUUGCAUACUCCAAGAUAAUAGCUCAAUACAUCUAUGAAGCUAACAGCGAGGUGAAAAGAAAAAUUGCGGCAAAGUUCAAACAACGUUCGAUUGAUGAUGUUGCGGUUUUGAACACUAUGUUAGAAAGAUGCUCAGAAUCAUCGAACUGGAAUUUGAAACAAGAUCUUGAAAAACACAAAAUUCCCGCAAGACUGCAGAAAGUGGCACAGUUAGUACAGUGCACCCAUAAGCAUGCCUGGAACGGAGAGCAGGCAAGCAGAGGGUAUUUCUCUUUCUUCCAAUGUAUCGAAGAGGAGAACGACUGGAACAGUACUGGACAGAAGAUAGCUAUAGCUGGAGCUGGAGUUUUUGGUGGUAUAUUCCUUUUAGGAAUACCGACAAUCAUUACCGGAAAAAUUGUUUAUGACAUAUCAUCUCAUGCGAGUGAAGUGGAGAAGCAGCUAUCGUGGCUUGUUAACGAGAUUGAAGCUCUGUAUGAUCAAACCCAUUCUUUGAUGCUUGCAAACAUUGUAUGA